GAGUGACGUCUAUCCGGUUCAGGUAAGGCGGUUUGCGUCCGCCCAUAAGAAGAAGAUUUGGUGGAGAGGAAACACGUUAGAAAGAAGCGACUGUGAAUUAUGCCAUGGCUUUCUUCUCCGUCUCACUUUUCCCCCUUCUUCGUCGUCGGCGGCGGCGCAGCUUCCUUUCUCCUCGCCGUCAAUAGUGAAUUAUUCCUUGCCUUGCCAAAUCAGAAUAAAACCGUUUCAACAAUUAACGUUCUUCACAAAUCGCCGACGGAAGUCUCAGAUUGUUCGCAUGGCUCCAGAUGAGGAGAAGAUGACUCGUCGUUCUCCUCUCGAUUUCCCCAUCGAAUGGAAUAGACCAAAACCUGGUAGAAGGCCAGAUAUAUCACCAUUACCACUACCACUUCCAACUGAUCCACCCGAAGAAGACGAGGAAGAUGAAGAAAAGAAACAAGAGCAAGAAGAAGAUCCCGAACAAGAGGAAACAGAUAAACCGAACCAGUAACACCAUACUCCCAAUAAUCCAAUUGAUGUUUUGUAUUAUUAGUACUAGAGAAUUUCCCCCACAACUUUAUGGGUUUAUUCUUCAAAUUAAUCAUAGAAUCUUAGACCUAA